CGCGCACCUGCAGCAUCUAUAUCCCAUGCACACCCACAUGCUUGCACGGUGCCUCUCUGGUCCAAUCACGGCAUGCCAGCUCCGGUGGAGCUUCGCCGGACGCAUGCCUACUUAAGCUGCUCUGCUUCUCAUCUCUGGCCAUUACCUUUCAACUUGCUUAUUUCACUCACUCAAACAUGGACACAUCAUCUGCUCGUUUGCUUGCGUUGUUUGCAGUUGCCACAUGCCUCCCCUGGAACAAGGCUUCCUGCUUCACGUCCUCCGGCGUGACCAGAGCAUUCGCGACCUUCUACGGCGGCAGUGACGCCUCAGGGACGAUGGGUGGGGCGUGCGGGUACGGCAACCUCUACUCGACGGGGUACGGCGCGAACACGGCGGCGCUGAGCACGGCGCUGUUCAACGACGGCGCCUCCUGCGGGCAGUGCUACCGGAUCGCCUGCGACUACGCGGCGGACCCGCGAUUCUGCCUCCGCGGCAAGUCCGUCACCAUCACCGCCACCAACCUCUGCCCGCCCAACUACGCGCUGCCCAACGACGACGGCGGCUGGUGCAACCCGCCGCGGCAGCACUUCGACAUGGCCGAGCCCGCCUGGCUCAACAUCGGCAUCUACCGCGGCGGCAUCGUCCCGGUCCUCUACCAGCGGGUGCCCUGCGUCAAGAAAGGCGGCGUCAGGUUCACCGUCACCGGCCACGACUACUUCGAGCUCGUGCUCGUCACCAACGUCGCCGGUUGCGGCUCCGUGCAGGCCGUCUCCAUCAAGGGCUCCAGGACCGGGUGGAUGGCCAUGUCCAGGAAUUGGGGGGUCAACUGGCAGUCCAACGCGCUGCUCACCGGCCAGGGCCUCUCCUUCAAGGUCACCAGCACCGACGGCCAAACGCUCGUCUUCCCCAACGUCGCCCCGGCAGGGUGGGGAUUCGGCCAGACCUUCGAGACGUCCAAACAGUUCUCCUAGAAGAACCACGUGCGGUUUUGUAUAUGCUGAUCGAUCAAUCGGUCAUGUGUAACUAAAGUUAAGAUAUACAGUAUGUCGGUGAUAUAUUUCCUAAGGGAAGGGGGCAAGUACCAUGUAUUUGUCAAUCAUGAGCUUUGUGCCCCAGUCCCAGCUUUGCUAGCUUCGACUCCAUGUUAGCUGGAGAAGGGUUUUUUUUGUCGUUCCCUCGUCAUUUCCUAUUGAGAGUGAGUAACUAAAAUUUAGAGCACCCAGCGGCAGAAAUACAAACUCAUCGAAUUGUUUUUCUUUUUGGCAAA